GGAGGGGUGGAGUAUAGAGAGAGAGGCAGGAAAGGCAACUCGAUGUGUCUGUCUAUCAGUUGAGACUGUCUGAACCGCUCACGCAUCCUGAACGCGCGAUACAUAUUUCAGCGAAGAGCCGCGAGACCAAGAACGCCGUUUCGCUCCCUGGAGUUUUUGUUUUUUUAAAAAAAGAGUAAUUAGUUCACGUUCGUUGCGAGAGAGUGUGUUUUUUGUUUAUAUAUCGCUCUGUAGUAAACGCGUCACGCUCGCCCGAAUCAACUGUCCACAUGUUUCCUUGAGCAUGGACGGACAGUGUGUUUGGUGAAUAUCGGGAGGAGCACGAGCAGAGACUCUCCACUGCGCGCGUGGGGAAUUUAGUCCGUUGAAAAUGCGCACUGAGCUCGAGCCCCAUUUGUGACUGACAUUAACUGUCUCCUGUCUGCCUUGUCUUUUCCCUUGGUUUUGCCCCGGUUUUAGGCUUUCCACCGAGCGAGAGGACGGAAAUACAGUUGGACGGGCUCUCCAUAACUGGAAGUUUCUUCCGUUUUGCUACAAACUAUUGCCAUAAUCCAAGGAGAACCUAAGGAAGCGGGUUUUCUGUGUUUAUGCGCCGUUAGACAUGGACGGGAGAUAUAUCUUGAGCUCUUGGCAAUCAUGCUAUGACUUAUAGCUAAUUAUUAAACCUGUCGGCCAGAUACACUUUCAUUUUUUUUUAUUUUUACAGACAUUUUUGUCUGUAAAAAGAACUACAACCUCUCAAGACCUAUUGACCCCUCUAAGACUUUGUAUUGGCUCAAAGUGACUUUUUAAAGAGGUGGAAUAAAAAGACAGACUCCGAGGAGAAGAGGAAACGCGUUAAUACAUGCUUUGUAUUAAUUUUUUUGAAAUUAAUUCUUGUCCCUCGUCACUGGCAUUUUGAUUCUGUAUGAGAAGUCAAGUGGAGGGUGGGACGACAGCAUGCCGCGGAGAAAGCAGCAAGCGCCGAGGCGAUCUUCAGCCUAUGUGCCGGAAGACGAGCUUAAGGCAGCUAAGAUCGAUGAGGAGCACCUGCAGGACGACGGGCUCUCCUUAGACGGUCAGGACGCAGAGUACCUGUGCAAUGAAGAAGAUGAUGGGCGUGAACCGCUAAGCUACCAGAAUUCUCCCCUCAGUAAUGGCACCAACCCAGAUGCCGGGUACGCCUCGCCCCUCAGCGACACCAGCGAUCACCUGGCUGACUUCAAAAGCACCUCCUCCAAAGAGGGCCAGGAUAAAGAGGAGGUUGAAGACUUGGAGACAGAUGCCGGACUAUCAUUGCAGGACAGCCUGGCGCAGAUGAAAGCCGUCUAUGCAAACCUGAUUUCAGAUGCUUCCUGGUCGAGUAUUACAAAGGACAUUAUGAAAAGCAAGCAGGUUAGUGCUAGUAGCACUAACAGUACUCCAAGCAGCCACAAGGGGAACAAUAGCAUUGUGAACAGCCAUGCAAGUAAUAUUACAAGCAGCGGAGCUAGCAGCAGCAGCAAUGCUAGUGCUAGCACAAAGACAAAUGUGACGCCAAGCAACAAUUCUACAAAAGCCACCACAUUAAACAAUGCCAACAAUGGAAACAUCAAUGGUGCUAACAGUGGGGGUGUUGCAUAUGACUGGCAUCAAGCAGCACUUGCUAAAACCUUACAGCAUACACCCUACCACCUCAUGCCUGAACCAAGUCUCUUCAGCACAGUGCAGCUGUACCGGCAAAACAAUAAGCUGUAUGGGCCUGUGUUUACGGGUGCCAGCAAGUUCAGAUGCAAGGACUGUAGUGCAGCCUACGACACGCUUGUAGGUCUCACAGUGCACAUGAACGAAACAGGCCAUUACCGUGAUGAUAACAAGGACAAAGAGGAGGACAGGGGCAAGAAAUGGUCCAAGCCACGGAAGCGAUCCUUAAUGGAGAUGGAGGGCAAAGAAGAUGCUCAGAAAGUUCUGAAAUGCAUGUAUUGUGGCCACUCGUUUGAAUCCCUACAGGACUUGAGUGUCCACAUGAUCAAAACUAAACAUUACCAGAAAGUGCCUCUCAAAGAACCAAUGCCAGCUCUUGCCUCAAAGCUGGUCCACUCCACCAAAAAGAGGGCGUUCCAAGACCUGUUGUCUCCUUGCUCACCUGAGUCAAUCUCCAGCACCCCUGGCAUUCCAUUGGCAGAGACUGCGCCCACCAAAGAUCAGAAGAUUUCCAACCCAUAUGUCACAGCUAAUAACCGCUAUGGCUACCAAAAUGGUGCAAGUUAUACCUGGCAGUUUGAGGCCCGAAAAGCUCAAAUUCUAAAGUGUAUGGAGUGCGGGAGUUCCCAUGACACCUUGCAACAGUUGACAGCCCAUAUGAUGGUGACCGGACAUUUUCUCAAAGUCACAAACUCUGCCUCUAAAAAAGGCAAACAAUUGGUGUUUGACCCUGUGGUGGAAGAGAAAAUCCAAUCCAUUCCUCUUCCACCCACAACAACACGUCUACCAGCUCCCACUAUCAAGUCUCAACCUGAUUCACCAAUACACCCAUCCACCAUGGAUGAAAGAAAGGAGCUGGAAGAGGACAAAUGGGAGGAACCUGAGGAGAAAAAAAUCAAGCAAGAGAAAGAGGAUCCUGUUGAGAAGGUGGAAAAAACUGAAAAAAACAGCCAUUACAAAUAUCUAAGAGAAGAGGAUCUUGAAGAGUCUCCCAAAGGUGGACUAGAUAUUCUCAAGUCAUUAGAAAAUACAGUCUCCAGUGCAAUCAGUAAGGCUCAGACCGGUACGCCCACUUGGGGUGGAUAUCCCAGCAUUCAUGCCGCUUACCAGCUCCAAGGGUCUUUGAAAUCAUCUAUACCCGCUGUCCAGAGUGUCCAGAUUCAACCAACAUUCAACGCCAGCAGCUUGAAAUCUUUGACCUCUGACUCCAGCACUCUAAUCCAUUCUCCAAGCAGCCCAUCACCACCUCCAAACCAUAAAAGCAAUGUCCUAGCAAUGGAAGAGUUAGUGGAGAAAGUAACAGGAAAAAUCCCUUCAAAAAAGGACCGUGAUGAAAAAUCAAUUGAACGUGUUUCCAAACAUCUCCCUGCUGAAUUGCCCUCUCCGGUCCUCAAAGACCGAAAGGACUUGCCAAGAUCAGGUGACAUUAGCAAGCCAACAAAGAAUGGAAUGAUAGAUAAAGACCUAGACCACGUUCUGGUUCGGGAAGGAGAAUACAAGGAGAGCCAUGCAGAUAAUCUUGUAAAGAACGGAACGGAUGCCCUCAAAACACAAGUCAGCAAUGGUUGCGAUAAUUUAGGAAUCAUCACUGACCAUUCACCAGAACAGCCUUUAGUCAACCCUCUCAGUGCAUUGCAGUCUAUCAUGAACACUCAUUUGGGUAAGGCCUCCAAAACAGUCAGUCCACUCCUGGACCCACUAGCAAUGCUGUACAAGAUCAGCAACAACAUGAUGGAAAAGCCCAUGUACAAUCCAGCUCAGGUCAAGCAAGUCGAGUCCAUCAACAGAUAUUAUGACAAUAAUGAUGAUCAACCCAUGGACUUGACGAAGUCCAAAAGUGGCAAUGGGACCACAAACAUUUGUUCAUCCACUGUUCUCAGCAACAGCAGCAUCACAAACAGCACCCGACCCAUCUUGUCAACGCUGACUGAAUCAGUCUCAUCUCCUCUCCGGGAGAAUGCUCUAAUGGACAUCUCUGACAUGGUGAAGAACCUCACGGGUCGCCUGACGCCAAAGUCGUCAACCCCUUCCUCUAUAUCCGAAAAGUCCGAUGCAGAUGGCUGUGCUUUCGAGGAUGGGCUGGAGGACCUUUCACCCAUUCAGAAGAGAAAAGGCAGGCAAUCAAACUGGAACCCGCAACAUCUGUUGAUUCUUCAGGCUCAGUUUGCGUCCAGCCUCCGAGAAACCCCUGAUGGAAAAUACAUCAUUACAGACCUAGGUCCUCAGGAGCGUGUACAUAUUUGUAAGUUUACAGGUCUCUCCAUGACCACCAUCUCCCACUGGUUGGCAAACGUCAAGUACCAACUCAGGCGGACAGGUGGAACCAAGUUUCUGAAGAACAUAGACUCGGGCCAGCCACUGUUCCUGUGUAGUGACUGUGCCUCCCAGUUCAGAACUCCCUCCGCAUACAUUAACCACUUAGAGUCCCACUUGGGCUUUAGCUUGAAAGACCUCUCAAAAUUAUCAAUAGAACUCAUAAGAGACCAGCAAGCAGUCACAAAAAUGAUCACAGACAAGACAUUCAGUGCCCUUGGCUUAACUGAGGAGGACUCUAAUUCCAUAUUUCAGUGCAAACUGUGCAAUAGGACUUUUGUCAGCAAGCACGCAGUGAAACUGCACCUCAGCAAAACGCACGGAAAGUCACCGGAGGACCAUCUGAUCUUUGUUACUGAGCUGGAAAAGUUAGAAAAAGCCUAAGGAAAGCAGGCUGGUGGCAGUGAAGUGACUGGAUUGAGAAUCAUUGCACUACAUCACUGUACUGCACUGCGCCUGAACUGAGCCUUCAAAAUCAGUCCAAAUUCUGUCGUGAAACUGCCUGAUUGGACCAUGAUCUAUUUUGUUUUUUGUUUUCUUUUCCCCUCGUUUGUCAGUCUCUUGAUUUCUAUCUCUUGCUUUGUACUGUAUUUAUCUGAUACGUGUCGGUUAUGUGCAUGUUUUUUUUACGUUAUUUUCUCUCUGAGUGACUUCAUAUUCAAACAGAAUUUACAAUUUGUACUCUGUUGAAUUGGGAAUGAAACAAACAUGGUAUCCAUGGGCAUGGUCUAAAACAAAAUGGCAAAAGAACUUCUGAAUAGAAUGAGUUGCGUUGUACACUUACUAUACAUCAAAAAAGACUGACUUCAUUAAAGCACUCUGUGGUGUUGAAUGUUAUGAGAAUAUGUAUAAAAUGAGAAAGAGCUAUUUUGUUAAUUUAAGCUCCGAUUUUCAGAUAUUGGCUUGACAUAAAUCAAACUGCAACCCUUUGAAGUGAAAAAAAUGAAUUGUAGAUUUUGUUGAGUCUUCUAAACCUUGAAGGAUAUUGAAGAUUUUGACAGACUGCCUAUGAUUAUAAACUUUGGUUUUUCAAAGGCAUUUCUUUGUUUUUAAUCUUUUUUUUUUUUUUGUUAAGUAUCAUUUUAUACAGUAGCGAUUUGAAACGUAUGCUUUGGUACCACUAUUUCUCUUUCUAUGGUUUCGCUUUGGUUUCAACCUGUAAAGACUUAAUUGAAAUCUUAUAUACAGCACAUAUAUUUAAAUGAUCAGCCAAGAUGUGUAAAUUUCCAUCAUCAUAUCUUGCCAAUUGCCGCAGCUCAACAUUGUUUGUAUGGUGUGCAUUCUUUUAUAUUGUCAUUUUAUAUAUAGUAAACAAAAAGGAAAUAAUAUGUACAGAGAUGUAUAUGCAGUAUAUGUGCUGUAGAACCACGAUUCAUCCUUUAGUUGAACUAAGUUCUCUGAUGUGGUAAAUAUGAAUUGACUGAAGGAGUUGCAUCGCUGUUGAUGCAUGGUGUAUAAGGGGGAACCAAGCAAUGCAAAACAUGAAAUGCAGUACAUUUCAAUGUUUUAUCAUGCCAUUGUGAAAAGUCCCAUCAACUCCCUUAAUUAAAAAAGAAAAAAAAUGUUUUUGUCCCUUAAUUGUAAAAUAAAAACUGAAGCAUUUCUUGAUUAA